AUGGUCGAUCAAGUGGAGUCGGCGGACGAACGUGCGCUGCGGCGCGAGCUGCUGGCGCUUGCGAAGAAGCGCGAGGCGCUCAUCAACUCGAAACGUCAAGGCGGGAAGGCAAAAACAACUGGACGAGGAGCUGCAGCUCGAGGCAGUGUGUUUGCACGUCUGGGAGAGAAGACAACUCGUGGCGCCAGACAGGCGUUCGAGCGCACGGAUAGGAACAAUACGCGCGGUAACGCUUCGUGGAGACUGGGGAAGCGUGACAACGACGACAAUGCUCGUCCACUGGGCAAGGCAGUAAAGAGACAGAAGUUACACUCCGCAGUAGCGAGACCGGAAGGUACGGGUCACCUGGUGGUGAGAGCGGAGACUAGCAGGGAAGCCACUACGUCGCCGUCGUCGGACGCUGCUCGUGCGCAGGAGCGGAAGCAGCGUGCGGUGGCUCCGUAUGCGCAGAAGGACGGUAUUGCACGCAGUCGGCGCAUGUUUGGUGCACUGAUGGGACAUUUGGGCAAAGCAAAGCGGCAGAUUGAAAAGGACACGGACUUGUUCAAACGUCAAGACACAAAGCAGCACGAGGCCGAGGAAAAAGAGAGAGCACAGAGCAAGAAUCUGGAAGACCAAGCCCGUCAAGAGGCCGAGGUUGCGCGACUGGAGGCGUUGGUGGCGCGCACUGAACUUGAUCGGAGCGAGCAGAUUGCGCGCGCCAAGUUGGAGCACUUGCAGAUGAUUCGGAAGAGCGAACGCCAGUCCAAGUUUUUGGUCACUAUUGCGUCACCACCGAUCAACUAUCUUCCCGCAAAGCACACGAAAGAGACGCAAGAGCUUGUUGCGGCGUCGAUGGAAGCCCAUGAAGCAAAGAUCAAAGCUAGUGAACAGAGUCACGAAGAGAAUCUGAGAAAGAUGGAAGCCGAGUUUGCGACCAAGUUGAAACAGCUUCGGGAAGAUCUGAAGGCUAUCAAGAAGCACGGAGUUGAAGAGACUGCCGACCGGCAUGCGACGAGUGAGAAGGAGGAGGAUGCAAUGGACGAAGGCGACCUGGAUAUGGACGAAGGGUCUAGAGAGCCCGAAGAGGUUGUGGAGCGUGGACAGGAAAGGGCGAGUGAGCAUAGCGACGGAUCUCCAGCGGCGGUAGUCGACAACAAGGAUACCGUCGAGCAACGUGCAUCCGAUAACGAGGCGGAUGAAUCAGCGGAACCAAUGAGUGCUGCUGAAGAGGACGAUCGCAGGUCUCCUGUACGACUAGAGGUGCGCGAAGAAAGCGGGCGGUCGGCUUCACGUCAGGCAAAUGCGGACGGCCCAGUCGUGGAUCACAGCGAUGCAGAGGCUUCAUCUCCUAGUCGCGUGAAUGAGGAAGACAAGGCAGUGGAGCUUGCGCAAGAGAGCUCGAAGCAGAAGACCGAUGAACCCGUCCGAGUGAGUGUCAGCAACGAAAGCGAGACAGCCGAAGCUGCAAUGAACGAGCAGGCCAAAUCGACAAGUCAGUCGGGUAUGGCUGCUAAGACAGCUGAUGACGAUGAGGUUCGUGCGGCCGUCAAUGUCGAUAAGCUGAAAGUUAUCGAGCUGCGGGCGAAGCUGAAGGAGCGAGGACUUGACACAAAAGGGUUCAAAGCUGCGCUCGUGCAGCGACUCAAGCAAGCGAUGCAGGACGACGACGAUGCCAAGUAA